AUGUGCGAGUUCUCGGAAUGGCCGGUAGCCUCCGUGCUCCAAUGGGAUAGAAGAAAGAACCACCCGAAAAGCAUCCUGGUCUCUGGCAAGGGGGAAUGUGUUUUGUUCCAUUACAGAGUUGCCAAUCUGUAUUUCUUAUUCAUCGCCCUGCUUAACUGGGUCCCAGCGGUGGAAGCCUUUAGAAAGGAAGUCACCAUGAUUCCUCUCUGUGUGGUUCUCACCAUUAUCGCCGUGAAAGAUGGCUUGGAGGAUUACACCAAGUACAAACUAGACAAAAAGAUCAAUAACUUCAUCACCAGGACAUACUGCAGCGGGAAAGAAUUAGCACCAGAAUUGGGAGGUUUUCUAAUGUUUUGGACAAUGAUAAUCUUAUUGCAGGUCUUAAUCCCGAUUUCUCUUUACGUCUCCAUUGAAUUCGUCAAACUGGGGCACAUCUAUUUAAUCCGAAACGAUAUCGAUUUAUACGACGAAGCGUCCGACCGAAAGAUCCAGUGCGGAUCGCUGAAUAUCGCGGAAGAUCUGGGUCAGAUCGAGUAUAUUUUCUCGGAUAAAACCGGUACCCUCACCGAGAACAAAAUGGUCUUUCGGAGAUGCAGCAUUGCGGGAUUGGAAUACGGCCACGAGGAAAACGCCAAGAGACUAGAAAUGUACCAAGAUUACGAGGAAGAGGAUGACGAGGCCGCCUACUUCGCGUCGUAUUCUUCGCUGCGGCACUCGGCCAGGGCGAGGUUCUUCAGCCGGAAAUCCAACGAAUUGUUGAACUCCCGGGUUUUUCACAGUUCCAGCAGUUUCGGCUUGGGUGGCUGGAGACAACUGGCUUUCAGUAGCCCUCUGAGACGGUGGUCUUCCAUGGUCAAAAUGCCCGCUUUGAACCUGGGUGAAUUUAAAAAUAUAUUCCAGAGGUUGUCAAGUCGCAAAAUGAGCUCUCAAGGCCCAGAUUCCUCCGGGGGACGUAAAGAGAAACCCAAGAAAUCCAAAAGACUGUCCGUUCACGUCAACUUUCCGUCUUCUCCCGCGCAGUUGUCGGACACGCUGGAAAUGCCAGCGGCCUCCCCCAGCCCCAAAAUGCCAGACAUUUUAAGGUUGCCCGAUGACCGGCUAGCCAAAUUGUCGUACGAGUCGUUAAGCGGGCAAGAAAUAUGUUACGAGGCAGAGAGUCCCGACGAAGCGGCCUUGGUCCACGCAGCCCGGGCGUACCAAUGCACCUUGAAAACUAGAAGUCCCGAGCAGGUGCAGAUCGACUUCGCGCCGUUGGGGACGUUAACGUUUCAGCUUCUCCACAUCCUGCCUUUCGACUCCACCCGGAAACGCAUGUCGGUGGUUGUGAAGCACCCCAUGUUCAAUCAGGUUGUGGUGUACACAAAGGGAGCCGACACCACCAUCAUGAAUUUGCUGGACGUGGGAUUAACAGGUACGGAUCCUGGGGCCCUGAAACUUUGA